UUUUCCGGAUGGAAUGUCCACAUCACUGGGAUCUCCGGGAAAGGGAGAGGUGAAAGACUAGAGACAAUUUAUUCUCUGAGGAUUUUAAAGGACAGGAGGCCAACAGCACAGCACAGACUCAAACUCCUGAUUGUUAAGGAAAAAGAAUACCAGGAAAUAAAGGAGAAGAUAGACGAAAGAGAAGUAUCAGCUCUAAAAGAGGAGCUGACCAAGCUGAAGGCUUUCGCCCUGCUAGUUGUAAAGGAGCAACAGAGUCUGACUGAGCUGGUGGAGGAACAGAGGCGUAGUGUCAAAGAACUGACCGCCAUCACUGACCACAUCAAGCAGGACGUCGGAGCUGCUUACUCCAGUGCAAAGGAGGAGGAGCUUGAAUCCCUGCAUCUGGAGGUGGAGCACCACAACCAAGUUUCCAUCUCCAACCAAAACCAGAUCACCAUGACAGCCCUGAGUCUUCUGUCAGAGGUGGAGGUAUUGAGGAGAAGGGUGGUGGAAAUGGAGGGGAAGGAUGAGGAGCUGAUACGCAUCGGGGACCAGUGUCGAGACCUGGACCGCAGACUAGCGAGGGAGAUCAGCCACUGCCGUAGCCUGAAGGUUGAGGUGGAUAGCCUCAGUGGCAGAAUCAGUGAAUUGGACAGGAUAGAGAAGGCUUUAGUUAAGAGCAAACAGGACUGUAGUACUCUUAAGUGCAGCUUGGAGCGAGAGAGAGAGGUGAGCAAGAUGCUGUUGGGUGAGCUUGACACUAUGAAAGUCAGGGUGAGACAGCUAGAAGCUGCAGAAGGCCAAAUGGAAAAGAGUGAAGCGACGAUUAAACAGGACCUGGCAAAGCUCAGGUCACUGACUGUAGCUUUGGUGGAGGACAGAAAGACCAUGACUGAGAGGCUGAGGCAGGCUGAGGAAAAACUCAACAGGAAGGAGGGCAAAAGAAAUGAGCAAAGCAAUUUGGCAACAAUGACAGAAAGACUGAGAGAGGAGAGGCAGCAGGCACUGCGAUCUCAAGCGGAUUUAGAGGAAAGGUUUAAGAGCAUAGCAAGGGAAAAAGAUGAGCUCCAACACAGACUGCAAACAGAAGAGGGGAGGAACGGAGAGCUACAGAAUAAAAUAACUAUCAUGAAGAAAAGGUUACAGGUCUUGGAAAACAGGAAAGAAAAAGAGGAAAAGUACACACACAGCUCUGUUCAAAACAACACUAACCAUCACUGCCAAACAGAGGACAACAAAGUCAAAGAACUGACCCAGGAGCUAGACAGGCUGCGAAAGAGACUCCAGGACAAGGAGGUAUUGGAGGGAGAACUGUUGAAGGUGGAAGAGGACUUUGAGUCCCUGGAGAAGAGGUUCAAGGAUGAACAAAAGAGGUCCAGGGCUCUAACAGAGGAACUAGAGGUGGCAAAGAGGGAGCUUUCCAGAUACGAGCAGGCCGAGAAGCAGGAGGUCAGUCAGGAACACCUUCUCCUUUGUCGUCUUCAGAAGGAGCAGGUUAAGUCCAGACUGUUGGCCAGAGAAGUAGAUACCCUGAAGGAGAAACUGCAGAAGCUGACAGGGACCGAGGAAUCCAUCUGCAGGGUGCAGACGGAUCACUCCUCACUGCAGAGGAAAUUGACCCAACAAGAAGCCAGGAACAGAGAACUGGCCAGAGAGAUGAAGGAACUGAGUAGUGAGCUAGACAGAUACAGACGAAUCAAGAAUCUGACCCAUGGUGCUAACAGACAACACUUUUCAGAUCUCCAUCAGACCACCAAAGAGGUGCAAACUGAGCCAGAAGACAGCCUGCCUCCUGACUACAGUGAGCACAAUGAGACACUAGAUGAAGAAAAUGAUGACAAGGACCCAAACCACAAUGGACAAGUCAUAAACAGAAGAAGCUCUCUCGUUAACAACCUCAACAGCUUGAACAGCGCAAAUAACAACGUAAGCCAAUACAGCAGCCAUUCAGGGAAUGGCAUAGAUAUGCACCAAACGGUUAAUGGAGAGGUGAUGAUGUUAACGCACACACCGGGGCAGCCCUUGCACAUCAAGGUAACACCGCAUCAUAUACUCAACACAGCCACACUUGAGAUCAGCAGCCCCACUGGAGACACAGCAACAUCCUACACCAGCACAGCUGUCAUUCCAACGAGUGGAGCCUCACCCAAGCAGAGAAUUACCAUCAUCCAGAACUCAGGUCUACCUGCAGUUAGUACUAAGACCCCCCCGUCAAGCCCUGAUUGCACCAUCUCCCCGCUUCAGGGUACAACCAUCAAUCGGAUGUUAAGCCCAAAUUCAUCACGCUCUGUGACACCCGACCACAGCAACUCCCCAAUUCAGAUUGUUACAGUCAGGACCUGCUCUCCAGAGCCAGUAGACGCUGCAAACCAGGCUUCUUUCUGCAAGACUCCAGAGUGGCAGAACAGUUGGCAACAUCAGAAGUCCAGCAGUACCGACACAAGUCCCAGUAUCAUUACCACAGAAGAUAACAAGAUCCAUAUCCAUCUGGGGAGCCCGUACAUCCAGUCUCUGAACGGCCUGACACACAGCCUCCCCCAGCCCGUUGGACCGUACUAUCUUCGACACGAGCAAAGGACUCAAGUGCUCGCCAAUGGCUGUCAUGUCAAAGGUGCUGGCAAGAUUACAAGUAGCAUCACUAUAUCCCCUGCUACCUCUCCAGCCUCACACUCUUCAAAUAUUACAGUAAGUGGCCUUUGUGAUUAGGUGAAGUUACAUAGAUUCUGAACAUGCAGUAUUAUGUUUUCAGUCACAUUCCUGGACUAGUUAACUAGAACAACACACUUCCUCUAAUAAUAACCAAGAAUUUGUUGUAUUUGGUAAUAAUGAGCAUAUAAAUGCUUUGUGGUGUUAGUCCUACAAGAGCAUUUGUAAAACUUACUUUAUCUAAAUAAUGUGUACCUAGACUUACUGACUUUAACAACCCUUUGUUUGUUGUUUGUAUGACAUGUGUGUCUACUACCUGUAUGAGAGGGGAGAUAUCAACACAAUCAAAUGUGUGAUGUGCUUUUCAUAAUUUUGUGUUUCAUUUAUGUUUAUUUUUUCUGUUUAUUAAAAGUGUUUGUGUUGUUUUUA